GACCAAUGGAGAAAGUUGAGCAGGAUGCCAGUUUACAAACUGACAGUGAAAGUUUGCCACUUGCCCCCAAAAGACCAAGGACAGACUGUACGUGGAAGUCUCUGACAUCACAAAUCUUUGAUUCCCCAUCAUUGAUCGCACCUGGAAAUGAAAGUCUAGUAUUCCCAGAACAAAAUGGACAUGCUAGGGUUGGAAAAUCAUGUGAACAAGCUCAAGACACUGAAAUAAAUGUCAGCCCCGCUGCUGAAGUCACAACAACCCACACAGCAUCGCCCAACGAGAACCACUUCCUUCAUAGCAAACAAUAUGAUUCGCAAGUCCAGCUUUUAUCAGGGUCUGAGACAUUCAAAGACUGCACCGGUGAGAUGUCCAGUCGUAUUGAGUGGCAACGACACGAGAAAUCACUUGAAGACAAACCUCCUGGUGAUUGCAGUGCGCCUUCUAAAAAUGGAAUUUCAAUUCACAAGGAGGUCGAAUGUCAGUCUGAUUUCUCUCGUGACGACAGUGUUGCCAGUUUAAGUAUACAAAGGGAAAGUAAUCACAUGGAUGACAAGCACAAUUUUGCUGAUAAUAUUGUCCAAAUGGAAGAAAAAGAGAACGAGAAGAGAGACAAAUCUCAAUUAUUUGACCUCACACGUGAUGAGGACAUCCCUGUUAUCUUGCUCGAAGACAAAAGCAAAGUGAAGAUUUAUGGUGGCCCUGCUGUGUGCGACAGGGAAACGAAUAACGACAAUGGAAGGAGUGCUCUCUCUUCUUCCGUUGAAUGUACUGAGGGAUCACUUAUCUCUUACGACAGUGCAGCAGCCAAAAAUAUUGCCAUCCAGACAGGAAGCACUGAUGACAUUGGGUGGGCAAAAGGAGAGCUUGGUGAGCUGACAGCCGAAGCACAGGGCAAAAUAGUUGAUCACACACCGGAGAAUCACAUAUCUGUGAGAUUCUGCCGAGAGUGUGCUGAAGGAGAUAAUGAUGCACAUCCUCUCAGUGUAAUUGAUCCUGCAGUUUCGGGAGAAACUGUCAGGGAGGCUGAAGGGAAUCACUUCAAUUCAGGGAGCAGCGCGAGUGAAGUAUUACCUCCAUCAGUAAAAGUCUGCGAGCUGGAAAUACCUCUUGCUCUCAUUUCUGGCGGCAGACCAUUAGACACAGCAGUGCAGUUGUCUAACCAGAGUGUACCACUGCAGCAUAACGACGAAAAAGAGAACUGGAGUCAAUUAUAUACCCAAACUCAGUCAUACUGCGUUGGCUCAAGUGAGACAGAUAACACAACAAGCUGUGACGGCAGCUGUCCUUCGGCAUUGAGUCCACAAAGGCCUGAAACACCUUUUCCAGCUGGGGAUGAAAUAGAAGGUAGCCGUGGAAGCAUGGGACAUCAUGCACACGAGCAGUCCAGCUGUUUGCCUGUCAGCUGCGACAACCCAAAGGCUCAGCACGUUGAGCAUCCCUGGUCUGGAACUGGCACGACAGACGAGCCAGUCUAUAUUCAAGAGAUGGCAGGUCUUGCUAAUGAAUGUGGACUGUAUGAAUAUGAAAUGAAUUCGGAGAAAGUAAUGCUGCAACACAAUAGACCAGACAACGACGCCAUGACUGAGCAACCACUCGUGGAGGGCUUGACAGAGGCGACCAGGCGAAUCGAUGAAAAUUCGCAUAGUUUUUUCACUGAAUACCACCAAACAGAUGAGACGCUGGAGGAAAAGGAUGAGCUUUUGCCCGCUUGCUUUCCUUCAAUCAAAGAUGCAGUCGUGCCAGGCCCACACGAAUUAAGCCCUAAAUUCUGCUCACAAAGCGAAGACAUCGACGCUGUUCUCAAAAAUAAGGACACAUUUUCACCAGUGCCAUCUGCCUUCUGCCUCUACAAUGCCAUGUCAGGGGGCUUUGACAACUUCCACAAGCUCCAACUGUCACCAGAUGAUGAUGAGUAUGAUGAUGAUGUUGGCCAAGAUCACACCAGCAUGGCCAGGAAACUAAUCAAAUCCCCCCAAAUGAACCCCUCCGUGUUAGAAUCAGAGGGUGAUGAGAAGGAGGAGAUGCCAAAAGAGACUGAGAUGGACCAAAUCCAUGAGAAGGGGGGCAUAUUUGAGUGUCACACUGACGACUCAGCCAGAGGAAGUUUUGACAGUGCUACCAACUGUACUGAACUUGUCUCAGAGCAGGAACUCAUUUCUUCAGAAUGUCACCCAAAUGAGCCUGCCACUGAUUCCUCUGGGAGCAAUGAACCACGCUCGAUCCAAUACCCAGAAUUUGACAUGAAAAAAGAAUAUGACUUGGUCUUGAAGGAGCUGAAUCUGUAUUUCCUUAUUAGUAGAAGUGAUUCGGUAUGUGUCGAUGAAGCGCCAAAACUUGAGGAGUGCAGUGAUGUGAUGUGGUGCCAAGCUUCUCAGGGUAAAGGUCACAUCAGCAGCACAGAACCGGCGCUCCACUGCAACCAAUCUUCAGAUCCUGAUGAGGACCGCACUGUGCAAAUAAGUGUGACAGAUCCAGAGUCAUGUCAUAUCUGCAGUCAUGGUGGUGAACAGGAAGUGCCCAAUGGCCACCACCUUCUCCAAGAAGCAUCAGAUCCCUGGCAGACAGAGCUGAAAAGGACAGCGGGCUCCUUUAUGUGUCUCCCUCUCUUGCAGCCGCAGCACCACACACUGCCGUGGCAGGCCAAGAAACUCGAACCUCUGAGGACAUGCACACGACCAAUCCGUCUGGGAUUAUCCAAGCGAGCCAAACCAAAACCCUGCACCGUCUCCACCCUUACAAAUGUACCAAAUGAAGUUGUCGGGACUGUUUGUGAGUCACAGUGCAUCGUUUAUUGGACAGUUGUCAGUGUCGUCUGGUAAGUAAAAUCUUCUCUAUUUGCAACUUACACCCAUGAAAUGUUUUAAAAGCGAAAGCUUGUUUUAACUUCCCUAUAUUUAAUUUUUUUACGACCCAUUUUGAACCGUUAAUAUGACUUAAAAAGAGUUUGUAAAUCAAUAUUUAUAUACAACAUUUAUGGUUUAAAGAAGUCCAAAACUUACAUCUCAUUGGUCAUUAUGCUUUUUUCUGUAGGCGUUUUGGUACAAUAUGCAACUUGUUCAAUGUUUGCGUGGGAGUAUUUAGUCGUGGUACGUGCAAUGU